AUGAGUGAAACUGCGCUUAUUAAACGUUUUUCUGAAUUGUCAACAUCUCAACAAAGUGUGGAAACGAUCUCACUUUUUCUUCUGCAUCACCGACGUCAAUCACAACUAAUUGUUCAUGUUUGGGCAAAGGAAUUAAUUCGUGCGCCACCACAGCGUAAAAUAGCGUUUCUUUAUGUUGCCAAUGAUGUUAUACAGAAUGAUAAACGAAAAGGUGGCGAGUUUGUUCGUGAUUUUUUACCAGUGUUGGCCGCAGCUGUCGAACACAUUGUACGCUGUGUAGAUAAUGCCACUAGAAGAACCGUGAAACGUAUAAUUCAAAUAUGGAACGAAAGACAAAUUUAUGAAUUAGAUGCAAUUAAAUUAUUAAAACUGUCGUACGAAAAUGGAACUCAAUCAAACGAUACAGUCAAUAACAACAACAAAAAUAGUAAUUCAAAUUUAUCGGAUGAAGUAGAUGAUAACGAUGAAAGGCAAAAUGUAGAUAAUGUCUAUAUGGCGAACAGAACUUUAAAACGCUCUGCAACUAAUAAUAACACAACUAAUGAUGUAUCAAUCAAACGACGUCGUAAACCCAAACGUAAAUUAUCAUUGAGAGAAGAGACAAGACGUGAUUUGGCGAUAAAUCCAAUACCAAUUCCAAUAGCCGAUGAACUCGUUAAAAUGUUACAAGAAUUAGAAAAUUCACCAUCAUCUGACGCUGUUGUACGUGAAAAAAUAGCUGCUCUUCCACCAGAAGUCAGUGAUGUUAAUUUAUUAAAAACCCUUCGAGAUAAAGCAGAAGCAAUGGAACUAUAUCAGAUUGUUACUGAGGCACAUCGUUUAUUAGAUGAAUAUAAUUUACGCUUAGAAAGUGAAUUACGUUCAAGACGAUAUACAGCAAAGAUGUUACAAGGUUUUAUUCAAGCACAGGAGCGACAAAAUGAGUAUGAAGAAAGGUUAUACGAUGAAUAUAAAGUGAAAUUACCAAAAUUAGAUUUGAUUCGAGAAGAAAUUGAACAACAUCGUCAAAACAUGCCCGAUUGUGACCGAAUACAAGAUGAUUUAGCACCAUUACCAAGUGCUGGUGAUUUGUUUUCAAAAUAA